AUUAGUAGCUGAGCGUAAACCAUUUGUGCCAUCCAGGGACCUUUAAAAGAGUUGCUCUGGCAGGUCUAAACUGAAGCCUGCCUUGUUGCUCUGACCAUUCUGGUGCUCAGUCCUCGUAGAGGCAGGGGCAUCUUAUAAUGGAGAGAAGCAGGGAGCUGGGACUCAGGAGGCCCAACCUGGCUCCUGGCUUGCUGGGCGUCUGUGGGAAUUUCUCCUUGAGAGGCUGAAUAGCUGAGUGGUUAACUGCAGACACUCAGGUUGCAAGUGGCCUUAUUUUAUCACCUAGUCCAGUGGUUCUCCAGGGCAGUGGGGGUUCAGUGGGGGCACCUUCCAUGUGGGGGAUCGGCUUUGAUUCCCAGCCAGUGUACCUCGUGCACAGCCACCACCCGUCUGUCAGUAGAAGCUUGUGUGUUGCAAUGAUGCUGAACAGCUUGCAGCAGAGCUUCCAGACUAAGAUGAACUAGGGAAAAAGGCCUGGCAAUGUACUUCCAAAAAUCAACCAGUUGAAACUCUCUUGAUUACAAUGGUCUGAUCCUCAGCUGAUCAUAGGGAUGGUGCAGGACCCGGCAGCAUUCUGUUAAGUUGGGCUUGGGGUUGCCAUGAAUGGUGGCCGCAAACAACAACAGUGAUUCUCAGCCUCAGCUGCACUGCAAUCAGUUUUUAAGAGAGGCUUUUAAAAAAUAGAGAUGUUGGCUUACAGUUGCCACAGAUCAAUUUAAUCAGCCUAGGCUUUUGGUAGGCUGGGCCUUGGCGUUGGUAAGUCUUAAAAGCUCCCGAGUGAUGCGAAUGUGCUGUCAGGUUGCAAGGGACAGGCCUGGGAGUUAAGAUCAUGGGCUCUAGGAUAAACUCCUGGCUAUUCCGCUAAGGGGGUAACCAGCAGGUCACUUACUCUCAGUGCCUCCAUAUUCUCAACUGGAAAAUGGGGAUGAGAAUUGCCCAACCUCUCACGUUGUUGUAAAGAUUAAAUGAGCUGAUACAUAUAGAGCGCUUAUCAAGACUUUUUCUUUUUAAGGCCUGGAUUUUUUUGUGAGUAAAACGAGGUGCUUUGGCUUGAUCUUUGUGCUCCGUCUUUGAUUCUGAUCCUGCUUUUGAGGGUUGGAGAGUGUAUUAGUGUUCUGUUGCUGCCGUAACAAAUUACCACUAAUUUAGCAGCUUAAAACGACACCCGUUUAUCAUCUCACCAUUUCGUAGGUUAGAAGCCCGACACAGUUUGGGUGGGUUCUUUGCUGAGAAUCUCAGAUGAAUCGAGCUAAAAUGAAGGUAUCAGCCAGAGCUGCAGCUCUCAUCUGGACUUUGGGGUCCUCCUCCAAGCUCAUUUACUGUUGGCAGAAUAUAUUUCUUUCUCACGCUUUCCAUAUGGCCCCUUCAUCUUCAAGCAGUUCCCCCAUCUUUGACUGGCUGACACUGUUCAGUCAUCCUCAAGGACCUACAAGCAACCGAAAACCAGUUGCCAUUCAGUGAACUCUGACUCACGGCGACUCCAUGGGUGUCAGAGUAGAACUGCACUCCAUAGGGUUUUCAGUGGCUGAUUUUUCGCAAGUCGAUCUCCAGGCCUGUCUCCUGAGGCGACCUUUUGGUUAGCAGCUGAGCUCGUUAGCCGUUUGUACUACCCAGGAAGGAGCCCUGGUGGUGCAAUGGUUGAGCAUCAGCUGCAAACCAAAAGGUUGGUGAUUUGAACCAAGUAGCUGCUCUGCAGGAGAAAGACCUGGUGAUCUGCUUCCAUAAAGAUUAUAGUCUAGGAAACCCUAUGAGGCAGUUCUACUCUGUCCUAUAGGGUCACUAUGAGUUGGGAUCAACUUGAUGGCACACAGUAACACCACUACCACCCAGGGACUCCUGGGGCCCACAACAGGCCCUUUUCUCUGGGAGUCCCUCCCCUAGGCUUCUCCCCACUUCUCACCCAGUCUGGGUUUGUUGUUGUGUGCCAUCGAAACCCAAACCAAACCAAACCCACUGCCGUUGAGUUGAUUCCGACUCAUAAUGACCCUACAGGACAGAGUAGAACUGCCCCGUAGAGUUUCCAAGGGGCGCCUGGUGGAUUUGAACCGCGGACCUUUUGGUUAGCAGCCAUAGCUCUUAACCACUGCGCCACCAGAGUUUCCUUGUGCCAUCCAGUCAAUUCAAAUUUAUAGCAGCCCCAAGUGACAGAGUAGAACUGCCUCACAGAGUUUCCCAUGCUGUCAUCUUUACGGGAACAGAUUGCCAGAUCAUUUCUCCUGUGGAGUGACUGGUGGGUUCGAACUACCGACCUUUCGGUUAGCAGCCAAGCGCUUAACCAGUGCACCACCAGGGCUCCUUAGUCUGGGUUUAGGACCCACUUUUGUGCUCACUGAGGACCCCUUUGCCCAGCUCUUACUGAUGUAUAAUUGCUGAUUUUCUAAUAUACUAAGCUGUGUGCAACUUAUAUUUUUUCCAAAAUUAAAAUUUCAUAACUCAGCUCAUUUAGAGCUCACAGUGCAGCCAAUUUGAUUCUUCCUGUCCUUGGUAGCUGUAGGCAUUUGUGUUUUGGAUCAUCCAGCAGGGACCCACGUGCCAGUGACUCAGGGAGGCUGCUGCAACAGCACAGAUGGCGUUAAAAACAAAAUAAACCCUGAGGUUUAGCCUAAUCUUCAGCGCAUCCUUAGCUCUUUUGUGAGUUCCAUUCCCCUCUAAGGAUAACCUUGUUGUUAGUGUUGUAUGCUGUCAAGUAGAUUCCAGCUUAUAAAACCUGUUGGUGUCGAGUCCAUUCCGACUCAGUGACCCUGUGCUGUUGUUGUUAGGUGCCAUCGAGUUGCUUCCGACUUAUAGCGACUCUAUGUCCAACAGAACAAAACGCAGACCGGUCCUGCACCAUCCCCACAGUCAUUGCUGUUUCAGCCCAUUGUUGCAGCCACUGUGUCAGUCUGUCUCAUUGAGGGUCUUCCUCUUUUUCGCUGACCCUGUACUUUAGCAAGCAUGAUGUCCUUCUCCAGAGACUGGUCGCUCCUGAUAACAUGUCUCACUAUCCUUACUUCUAAGCACUCUGGCUGUACUUCCUCCAAGUCAGAUCUGUUUUUCUGGUAUUUAGUAAUUAUUAUUAUUCAUACUAAACUAAAUUAAAGUAAAUGAGAAGCAGAAUGUCAAUUUGUUGCAAUCAUAGAUUUAUAUUAAUUUUCACCACCUCCAUGCAGGUGUGAGAAAGGACUGUUCCAUUGAAUUUCUUCCAUCUUCCCAAAGAAAAUGCACAUGCUUUCAUACCUUUUAGAAAAGAGAUGUCUAUGCCACAAAUUUUAAGGCAACCUGGUGGCACAAAUGGUUAAGUGCUUAGCUGCUAACCAAAAGGUCGAUGGUUCGAACCCACCCAGUGGUUCUGCAGGAGAAAGGCCUGGUGAUAUGCUUCUAUAAAGCUGACAGCCAAGAACUGCCCAUGCCCUGUCCUGUGGGGUUGCUAUGAGUCAAAAACAACUCAAGGGCACCUAACAACAACAACAUGUCAAAAUGUUCAGUAACCUUUUAUUCCGAAGUAGUUUCAAACCUACUGAAAAGUUGCAAGCACAGGUCAGAGAACUCUUUCAUCCCCAAAUUCCCCAAUUGAUCAUAUUUUUUCUUUUCUCUUUCUCUCUGCAUGUGUAUUUAUAACCUUUCCUGACAUAAUCCUCUAUAACUCCUGUAUACUCCAGUGAACACCUCUCCCAAAUAAGUACAGUGUUAGGUAACCACCAUCUUUCUCUCUCUCUCUCUCACUCACACACACACACACACCUCUAGUCAGGAAAUCAGCAUUGUUCCAACACUACCAUCCAAUCUACAGACCCCAUUCACGUUUCACCUGCUAUUCCAAGAGGUCUCCUUUCCGGAACAGAAUCCUGUUCAGGAAUAUGUGUUGCUGAACAGUUGUCAGGUCUCGUCAGUCUCUUUCAAUCUGGGACAGGCCUCUCCCCAUCUCUCAUGUCCUUGACAACCUUAAAGAGUACAGGCCAUCCAUUCUGAAAGUUGACUCUCAGUGUGGGUCUGUCCAGCAUUUCCUCAUGACCAGACUCUGGCCAGGCCGGCUUGGGAGGAGUAACCUAGAAAGUAAGCUGUGCUUUUCUCAUUGUCUCACACCAGGAGGCACCACGUGGCCACCCACUUGCUCCUGUGUUGUUAACCCUGAUCACCUUGUCAAACAGGUUUCUGCCAGGUUUCUCCACUGGAAAGUCACCAUUUUGUAAAUGACUGUUUUCUAAAAUCCAGGGCACACUAAUGACUUGCAUUUGACUGGGAUUUUGUUGAAGAUAGUCCAGUAUUACGUUAAUCGCCUGUCCCGCAUCAAACCUCCAGCUAGUUGUCUGUUGACCACUCUUGCCUCUGUCAACUACCAUUAUGAUGGUUACCAAACAAACAAACGAACACCAAUCCUGUUGCUGUGGAAUCAGCUUCAACUCAUGGCAACCCCCUGUGUUACAGAAUAGAACUGAGCUGCAUGGGGUAUUCUUGGCUAUGAUUUUUAUGGAAGCAGAUUGCCAGCCCUUCCUUUUGUGGUUUCACUGGGCAGGCUCAAACUGCCAACCUGUGCGUUAGUAGCUGAGAGCAAACCAUUUGUGCCACCCAGGGACCUUUUGGAUGGUUACCAAAUGGUGAUAAGUUACUUCCAUCAUUCCUUCUCCAUUUAUUAGUUGGCAUGCUGCUGUAAGGAAGACACUUCUCUUCUUACAUAUUUACUUACCUGUUUAUUUAUGUCAGUGUGGAUACAUGGAUUCCUCUUUUAUUCAAUGGUUCCUUGGUUUCCUGUGGCCGCCAUGACAAAGUACCACAACCUGUGUGGCUUAAAACAACAGAAAUUUAUUCUCUCACAAUUCCGGAGGCCAGAAGUCUGAAAUCAAGGGGUCAACAGAGCCAUACUUUCUCUGAAGGCUCUAGGGAAGAAUCCUUCCUUGCUUCUUCCUAGCUUCUGAUGGUUGUCAGCAAUCCUUGGCAUACCUUGCCUUGCCAACUGCAUCACUCCAAGUGCUGCCUCUGUACAUGGCCGUCUUCAUUCUGUUUGUGUCUGUCCCCAAAUAUCUCUCUCCUUAUAAGGACACCAGUUAUUGGAUUUAGGGGCUACCCUAAUCCAGUAUCCCUCACCUUAAAUUUAUUACAGCCACGAGACCCUAUUUCCAAGGAAGGUCAUGUUCACAGCUGCCUGGGUGAGGACUUGAACAUACGUUUUUGGUGACACAAUUCAACCCACAACAAGUGGGAGGUAAUCCAAUAUUUUCAUAAUUUCUUAUGAGGCUCAAACUAUCUUAAACUUGGUCAGUGAGAGCUUCAAGCUGUGUCCUUUUGGCAUGUAUCUAUCAUUCUUUUUUUUUUAAUAUUUUAUUUUUGGUAAAAAUGUAUACAGCAAAACCCACUCCCAUUCAACCAUUUCUAGACAUACUAAUCAGUGACAUUGAUUGGAUUCUUCACAUUGUGUCAACAUCCUUAUUUCUGUUGUAGUUGUUUCACUCUUAAACUCCCUGCUCCCUGCUUUCUCGUCUGUCCUUUAAAAUAGCUGUUGUCCGUCUGGUCUUAUAUAGACAAUCUUUUAAAAGAAUGCAAUACUCAAGGGUGAUAAUCUUUACUUUUUGAGCUAAACUCCUAAAGGUGACUUCAGGGGAUCGUUUUGAUUCAAAGUAGUUUCAAUUCAAAGAAGAGCACCUCAGGGCAAUAGUCUCGGGAAUUCCUUUAGCCUCAGUACGCCCAGUGAAGCUGGAUUUUUAAGAAUCUGAAGUUCUUUUCCACAUUUUUCUCCCUUUCUAUCAGAAUCCAUCUGUUGUGGCCCAGUGGUUCGAUAGUGGUAGCUGGGCACCAUCUAGUUCUUCUGGUUUGUUGUUGUCAUUCUUUAAGCACUUCCUUACUUUUGGCAUAACCAGAUAUUUUAGGCUCAUCUUGUACCAGCCAUUUCUCUAGUGAAUCUAGUUCCUUUUAGUGGCAGAAGAUAUUUGAAAGCCUUUCCCCUUUCCAUAUUUACAAGUCUCUCUUCAGACCGAAACCUGGGUUCUACUAUCCUCAAUAUAUUAUUUACUUGCUCAAUAAAUUAAUUUACUAGGUAAAUAUUACCCAUCUUCCAGCCUGUUAGCAAACCACUUCUGCCACCUGCCCCCCUCGCCAUGCUGUUUUUUUGGACACAGGGUCCAUGCCAACACCUGUGUAUGGCAUCCCCUCACUGCCCUGUGUCCCCAGCUGUUGACAUCUCUCCGCUUGGAGCAGAAAAGGAAGGCAGAUGGGAAGGGAAGGGCUGCCCAUGACAUUAUACUGUUGCUGAGGCGAGAAAUCUUUGAGCAAGACAAAUAGAAUGAACCUCUUUAGAGCUUAAAGGUGACUCACAGGACAGAACAGCAGCCUGAAGUUCAGGUGCAUUGGGAGAUAUAUUUGUUAGAAAUCACGUGUUCGAGGACAAUCUUAUAAUGCAGAAUGUUGUUGCUAGGUCCCCUCAAGUUGGUUCCAGCUCAUAGCAACCCCGUGUAUAACAGAAUGAAAUACUGCCCAGUCCGGCGCCAUUCUUAUAGUCAUUGCUGUUUGAGCCCAUUAUUGCAGCCACUGUGUCAGUCCAUCUCAUUGAGGGUCUUCCUCUCUUUCGCUGACCUUCUGCUUUACCAAGGAUGAUGUUCUUCUCCGGGACCUGGUCCCUCCUGAUAACGUGUCCAAAUUCUGCCUUCCCAGGACUCUACCAAGAAGAGGAGAGAAUGACCAAGUUCCAGGAAGCAGUGACGUUUAAGGAUGUGGCUGUGGUCUUCACUGAGGAGGAGUUGGGGCUGCUGGACUCUGCCCAGAGGACACUGUACCGAGACGUGAUGCUGGAGAACUUCAGGAACCUAUUGUCAGUGGAGGACAAGCAUCAAAAUAAGAAUGAGAUCGAGACUCUUCAAAGAUUAAGGUACCAUUUAUAUGAAGAGCUUUCCAGCAGUCAUAUCUGGGAACAGGUUGUAGAAGAAUUAACUAGGAGUCAAGAUUCUACUAUAAAUCUUCAAGGGAAGAGUCCUUGGUUACUAAAACAAAAUGACCUCCCCUGUCAGAUCUGGGCAGGAGUAUCUAUUGAGUUUUCUGGAGAGGAGAGCUAUCUAAUGAAUCUUCAAGGGAGUAGUUGCAAUGUUAAAAAUCAGAAGUUUCCAACUUGGAGAGCCGAAGAUUUGGGGAGGAGAACAUAUCUGAGUGAGUCACAGGAUCAUCAGAGUAGAUGUGAGCAAAUUCCUAUGGAAAAAAACCUAUGUGAAUAUGAUCAGUGUGUUGAUAGCUCCAGUUGGAUCUCAUGCCACUAUGAGAAUCAUGGAGUAUACCAGAGAGACAAAGCUUCUAGCCACAGCAGAAAAGACUUCACAAAGAAAUCAUCACUUCAUCAGCAUAAUACAGGUGACAAAGGAGAGAAAACCUGCAUGUGCAAUCAGUGUGGCAGAGUCUUCGGUGAUGCCUCCAAUCUUGAACUCCAUCAGAAAUCACACAUAGGGGAGAAGCCUCAUACAUGUAGUGAGUGUGGAAAGGGUUUCAGUUAUAGCUCAGUUGUUCACAUUCAUCAGAGUGUUCAUACAGGAGAGAAACACUAUAAGUGUGAUGAGUGUGAUAAGGGCCUCAGUCAGAGUUUGUAUCUUCACUCAUAUCAGAGAGUCCACACCGGGGACAAACCCUACACGUGUCAUGAAUAUGGCAAGGGCUUUGAUCAGAGCUCCUCUCUUCACACUCAUCAGCUAAUUCAUACAGAAGAAAAGCCUUUUAGGUGUGAUAGUUGUGGGAAGAGUUUCAGUCAUAGCUCGGAUCUUAACAUCCAUUGUCGAAUCCACAGUGGAGAGAAACCCUAUAAAUGCAAGGAGUGUGGGAAAGACUUCAGGCAGAGCUCACAUUACCAAGCUCAUCUAAGAGUCCAUACAGACGAGAGAUCAUUUAAAUGUGAGGAUUAUGGAAAAGGCUUCAGUGGGAGAUCAGCACUUUGCAGUCAUCAACAAAUCCACUCAGGAGAGAGCCCCCAUCAAUGUGAUAAGUGUCUUAAGAGUUUUAAUAGUGAGUCAAGUCUCUAUAUCCAUCAGAGUGUUGACACAGUUGAGAGACCUUAUAAGUGUGAGGAGUGUGGGAAGACCUUUAAUUGGAGCUCACAUCUUCACGUUCAUAAGAGGAUCCACACAGGAGAAAAACCCUAUAAAUGUGAAGAAUGUGGUAAGGGCUUCAGUCAGAAUUCACAUCUUCAAGCCCAUCAGAGAAUGCAUACUGGAGAGAAACCAUACAAAUGUAAUAUUUGUGCUAAGGGCUUCAGUCGCAGUUCAUAUCUUCGGGUUCAUCAACGAAUCCAUACUGGAGAGAAACCAUUUAAAUGUGUGGCAUGUGGUAAGGGCUUCAGGCAGCGCUCCUAUCUUCACACACAUCAAAGAGUUCACAUGGUAGAGAAACCCUACAAAUGUCAUGUUUGUGGUAAAGGCUUUUGUCAGAGUUCUUCUCUUCAUGCUCAUCAGCUAAUUCACACAGAGAACAUGUCUUGUAGUUGUGAGAGGUAUGGGAAGAGCUUUGGUAAUAGCUCGGAUCAUAGUGUUUAUUGUAGAGUCCAUACUGGCAAGAAAUCCUUUGAAUGUGAAAAGUGUGGGAAACGCUUCAGUUGGAUCUCACAUCUUCAGGCUCAUCUAAGAGUCCACACAGAAGAGAAACCAUUUAAAUGUGAGGAUUGUGGAAAAGCCUUCAGUGGGAGAUCAGCACUUCGUAGUCAUCAACAAAUCCACUCAGGAGAGACCCCCUAUCAAUGUGAUAAUUGUCUUAAGGGUUUCAGUAGUAAGUCAAGACUCCGUAUCCAUCAGAGAGUUCACACAGUUGAGAAACCUUUUAAGUGUGAGGAAUGUGGGAAGACCUUUAAUUGGAGCUCACAUCUUUACGUUCAUAGGAGGAUUCACACAGGAGAAAAACCCUAUAAAUGUAAGGAAUGUGGCAAGGGCUUCAGUCAGACUUCACAUCUUCAAGCCCAUCGGAGAAUCCAUACUGGAGAGAAACCAUUCAAAUGUAAUAUUUGUGCUAAGGGCUUUAGCCGGAGUUCAUAUCUUCGAAUUCAUCAGCAAGUCCAUACUGGAGAGAAACUGUUUAAAUGUGUGGCAUGUGGUAAGGGCUUCAGUCAGCGCCCCUAUCUUCACACACAUCAGAGAGUUCACAUGGUAGAGAAACCCUACAAAUACCGCAUCUUCAAGCUCAUCUGAGAGUCCAUACUGAUGAGAAACCAUACAAGUGCGAUGCAUGUAGCAAAGUGUUCAGUCGUAGUUCAUCUCUUCAUGUCCACCAGAGAGUCCACACAGGAGAGAAACCAUACAAAUACGUACGUGUGAUAGGGGCUUCAGUCGAAGCUCAUAUCUUCAUCAGACAGUCCAUGCUAAAAAGAAACCAUACAAACGUGAUGCAUGUGAUAAGAGUUUCAGUCAGAGUUCACGUUUUUUUUUUUUAACCUUCUACCAAGCAUGAUGUCCUUCUCCAGAGACUGGUCCCUCCUGAUAACAUGUCCAAAGCAUGUGAGACGAAGUCUUGCCAUCCUUGCUUCUAAGGAGCAUUCUGGCUCUUCCAAGACAGAUUUGUUCAUUCUUCUGGCUGUCCAUGUUAUAAAAAACUCAAAAUAUAUUCAAUAUAAAUAUGUAUAAAUGUAAAUGUGAGAAUUGUGGAAAAGACUUCAGCAGAAGAUCCACACUUCACCAUCGUCAACAAGUCCAUAAGGGACAAAAGCCCCUAUCGAUGCGAUAAAUGUGGUAAGGGCUUUAAUAAUAGAUCAAGUCUCUGUACCCAUCAGAGAGAUCACACAGGAAAGCCUACAAAUGUGAGAAGUGUAGAAGGGCUUCAGUUGGAGCUCAUAUCUUCAAGCCCAUCUGAGAGUCUAUACUGGUGAGAAACCAUACAAGUGCGAUGAUGCUUGCAGUUGUAGUUUAUCUCUUUACGUUCAUCAGAGUCCACGCAGGAGAAACCAUAGAAACGUGAUCCAUGUGACAACAGUUGUAGUCAGAGUUUAUGUCUUCAGUUUCAUCAGAGACUCCAUCAUCAUUAUGAAACUUAUAACAGGGACUUUAGUCAGAGCUCUUAACCUCCACACACAUGAAGGAGUCCCCAUAGAAGAGCAACCCUAUAAGUGUGAUGUGUGAGAAGGGCUUUAGUCAGAGUGUGCAUCUUGAAGUUCGUCACAGAGUCCAUACUGGAGAAAAACCCUAAAAAUGUGAGGAUGGGGAAAAAGUUUUAGUGGAAGACUCACAGUUCACAGCUGUUAACAAGUUCAUAUGGAGAACCCUCCUAUCAUAUCAAUAUGAUAAGGGUUUUAAGAGUUUUAAUAAUAAAUCAAGUCUCCAUACCUAUCAGAGAGUUCACACAGGAGAGAAACCUUACAAAUGUGAGAACUAUGGGGAGGUAUUUAGUUGGAACUCAUAUCUUCUCACAUCAGUGUUCAUUUAGGAGAGAAACCCUAUAUAUUUUCCCAUCUUCAAGCUUAUCAGAGAGUCCACAAUGGAGAGAACCUGUACAAAUAUAAGGAGUGUGUGGUAAGGGCAUUUUUAAAAAAUAACUCAGAAUCUUUAUUAGGGUUAGGUUAUCCACCAAGAAGAGACACUCUUUAAAAUGAUGUGUUCUAAAAUGAUGUGUUGUAUUCUUCAAUGAUAAUCAGAGUCCGAAGAGGACAGAAAACUUGUUUUGUUAACGUGGUCAGUAUCUCAGCCAAAGCUCAGUAUAUCACAGUCACGAGGAAAUUACAUGGCUGAGAACUCUCUAAGAGUGGUAUGGUGAGGACUUUAAUAAAAACACAGCAGAGAGGACUUAAAAGUGAUAACAAAAUGGUCAGGAUUUUAACAACAGUAAGAAGAUGGACAUGAAAUAAAUCAGCGUCAGUGAGAGUGUAAGCUCUAUGAGGACCAGACUUUCUUCAGUGUCUGUUGUUGUUAGCUGUGGUUGAGUUGAUUACGACUUAUGGCACUCUCAUAUGCGCAGGGUAGAACUGCCACGUAGGGUUUCCAAGGCUGUGAUUUUUUGGAAGCCUACACCUCUAGGUGAGUUCGAACCACCAAUCUUUCAGUUAGUCAAGCACUUAAUCCUUUUAUGCCACACAUAAAGGGGACAUUGUGGUGAAAUGAAUUCGUUUGUGUGGACUUUUGCCUUGGUUCUUUGGAAAAACAGCUUAAGAGGUAUUUCCCUGAAGCCCUGAGGAGUUACCUUUGCCCUAGUUUUCUACCCCAAAGGGUUUGUUAUUUUUGUCCAGGUUGAUUGAUAUUCCCUGGAUAAGCUAUAAACAACUUGUAGUUUGAUACUUUUUGUCUGGCCCUGGGCUGCAGCCUACCCUGUAAUUGGUGUGCACCUUGCCGAGGUUGGUCAAUAGACUAUGCAAACGAAGUUACUAUAGCCUACUAUGCAAAUGAAUUAUCUGUGGCCUACAGAGAGGAGAUCGGUCAGUUCAUGGCCCUGGUGGGAGGGACAUGCCUUGAAAUUGACAAGUCUGUGUAUAUAUGCAGCCAACCCCACAGAGGUUUUUGAGACAGGAGGCAGGCAGAAGCAGAAGGAAGAUAGGAGAGAGAAGAGAGAAGCAGAGAGGAAGCAGGGAACCUACUACAAGAGCUGUGACACAGGUCAAGGGCGGUAACACUGAAGACAGCGAGAGGCCUGGAAGGGGCUGUGUGGCAGAGCUGGGGGUGACAUGCCCAGAAGGAGCCCAGCAGCAGAGCCAGUGGUGACAGGUCUGGAAGGGGCCCUGCAGCAGAGUUGGUGGUGAUGGCAGGGAGGCUGAAAGCAGAGAGGCCUAUCCUUGCUCUGAGAGGAACCUGUCCUCGGGACCAAUAGGAACCUGUCCUCAGGGGACCAAGAGGAGGUUUUUCCUGAGGGGAUUGAAAGGAGGCCUGUCCUGAGGAGGCUGAGGAUGCCUGUCCUGAGAGGGCUGAGAGGAGGCCUGUCCUCAGGGUGCUGAGAGAAGGCCUGUUCUGAGGUGGCUGAGAUGGGGUGUGCAUGGCAGAGAGAGGGCAUGCACGGAAGAGAGAAGGGCCUGCUUGUUUGCAUGGCUGAGAGGAGCUGGGAGACCUGUCCUAUACUGAAGAAGGGAAGAAUGUUCACUUCAGGGGAGCCUUCCAGACUUUGCCUGCAUGCUUUCUGAUCCUAAUCCCAAGUUGUAGCCUGUUAAUCCUGUCCUGAGGUGUACCCUAUUACUUCCUUAAUAAAUCACUUAACUGUGUGUAUGGUCUGUGAGUUCUGUGUGGCCAUUGCAAUGGAUUAUUGAACCCAGAAGAGAAGUAAUGUGGGAGGAAUGGCAGUGUUGGAAUAGGUAAAAAGGUUGGAGAGUGGGGGUAUGUCUGACCUCCACCUCAUAGGUAUCAGCUUUGGGCUGAUCCUGGUCAUUAUUUUCCUUGAAAUUAGACAAAUUCUGUUGCUACUAUUACUGUUCCCACAGUUUCACAAUUGGUGUCAGAAGUGGGAUUCAUUGCAAUGGCUCUUGACUCAUGGAAACAUGGAGCUUUGGAGAAGAAGGGAUGAAUGGGCAUGGGAUGAGAAAUUUGAUUCUUGAGUGUUUUUUUUUUUGGUUGCUGCUACCUGUGAAGACUAAAAAUAAGAGAUGUUAUGCUGUAGCAGUGAAUAGGAAAGCUUUAUCUGGAGUGGGUUUGGGUGAAAGCCCAGCAGGUUAAGCAAGAUGACUGAUAGGGGGCCAGGGUCUUCUGGUUCAGUGCAUCCAGAGACCUAAGCCUGAAUGCUUGCAAAUGGGUAAAAUAGAGGGUGGAAAAAAGAGGAAACUGGAAUUUUUAAAAAGGUUAUGUGUUUACCUGAAUGUACUAUAUUUGUCUGACUGAAGGAAUGUUUUCUUUACCUGGUAUUGUAAAUAUAACAGACCCGAGUUUACCUGGGGUUGUAAAUAAAACAGACCUGAAUGGAAAUGAAUAUUGGGUAUUGUAAAAAAAAAAACAAAACAGAGAGCGUGUAACUCCGCCCUUCAGGCAAUACUUGAUUGGAUAUGCCAAAAGGGGAAAUAGUAAAUCGGGCUUAUGCCAAAAGCCUGUGAGAUCAGGAGAUUUGCAUUUGAGAGACUUUGAUUGAGAGUACUGCGAUGAUUGAUGGCUUGAUUGACCAAAGAGCUGCUUGGUGAAUGAAUAGUAAAAUAAUAUUUGUGUGGGGCACAGCCCUGUGGAGUCUGAAGGGUGUGUUAAUAGAACAUGUCAGUGCCCAUCAGAAGAACCCCCUUCCAGGACUGGAAGUAAAUGGAAGCCGGCAAGUAGAUAGCUUGGUAUGCCCACUUGAGGUGACUACCUGGGUCCACAAGAUGAGUGGAAGUGGGGAAAGUGCAGCAUUGAAGACAUGGGCUGAGUUAGGACAUGUUCCUUUACACCUGUUGACCUAACUCAGCUGGCUAGGGAUGAGAGAGAGAGAAAAGGGACCGGCUGGUCUGAAGUAGGAAAUUGUGUGGACUCCCAGGCCUAUGGCUGGUAUCCAUUGACCUAGCUUGGAUAGCUAUGAGCUGAUCCCUACUGAAUGGAUGCGAGAUGACCUGGCCCCAGGUAAUGGGGGAAGAGAGAGAGAGAUGUUUGACACCAUGAGUUGGUGUAGCUCACUGCAGUUUAAUGGCUUGCCCUGGACUGGACUUGGCUUAUGGUCGUUGAUGGUCAGAGUUCCAACCGGAACAGAAGGUUCUUCAGACCAAGAACAUGCUUGUCUCCUCAGAGUACUGGUUUAAUUGGGGUGGGCAAUUUAAACAUUGGCUGUCUAAAAUGGG